UAUAGUUUUCUUUUCGAUUAGUAGGCAGUCGUUGCGACAUCAGAAUUCUCCUAGAAACAAAAGUUAUUUUUGUGGGAACAGUAAAGCAAGAAAUAUGAGUUCAAUUGAGGCGGAAGCCACUAUGGAUGAGCCGCAGUCUGCGUGCCUUUUCUGUGUGAUGGGUGCCGUUUCAGCCAUGGUUCUCUCGGCAUUGGGAGCUGCCUAUGGCACAGCCAAAUCGGCCGUUGGCAUCUCGGCCAUGUCUGUGAUGCAUCCGGAGUUGAUAAUGAAAUCGAUCAUACCCGUUGUAAUGGCUGGCAUUAUAGCCAUCUAUGGCUUGGUGGUCUCUGUCCUGUUGAUUGGUUCGCUAACAAAAGUCUAUUACAGUUACAAGGGAUUCCUGAAUUUGGGCGCCGGUCUGGCUGUGGGUCUCUCCGGGAUGGCAGCUGGUUUUGCCAUUGGCAUUGUGGGUGAUGCUGGUGUCCGAGCUGCUGCCCAGCAGCCGCGUUUGUUCGUUGGCCUCAUCUUGAUCUUGAUAUUCGCCGAAGUCCUGGGACUGUAUGGACUAAUUGUGGCGAUCUAUUUGUUUACCAAAUGAAUAAAUAAAUGGGAACUCUCUUCUUGGA